AUGACGGUCACCUACACGGCCAGAGUGGCCAAUGCCCGAUUCUGUGGCUUCUCCAAGCUGCUGCUGGUCUGGAAAGGAAGCAUCUACAAGGUGCUGUACAAAGAGUUCCUGGCGUUCUCUGCCAUGUACGCGGCCAUCAGCAUCACUUACAGAUUUCUCCUCUACGAUGACCAGAAGAGAUAUUUUGAAAAACUGGCCAUUUAUUGCAACCACUACGCCAGUCUCAUCCCCAUGUCGUUUGUGCUGGGUUUCUAUGUGACCCUGGUGGUGAACCGGUGGUGGAGCCAGUACACCAGCAUCCCUCUGCCCGACAGGCUCAUGUGUGUCCUGUCGGGAGGCCUCCAGGGGAGCGACGAGCGCGGCCGCCUGCUGAGACGCACCAUGAUGCGCUACGCCAGCCUGUCGGCGCUGCUCAUCCUCCGCUCCGUCAGCACGGCCGUCUUCAAGCGUUUCCCCACCAUGGACCACGUGGUGGAGGCCGGAUUCAUGACGAGAGAGGAGAGGAAGAAGUUUGAGCGUCUUCACUCGCCUUACAACAAAUACUGGAUCCCCUGUGUCUGGUUCGUCAACCUGGCUGCUGUGGCUCGCUGUGAGGGCAGGAUCAAAGAUGACCAGACACUCAAGCUGCUGCUCGAGGAGCUGAACUCGUUCAGAGGGAAAUGCAGCAUGUUGUUUCAUUACGACAUGAUCAGUGUUCCACUGGUCUACACUCAGGUGGUGACGCUGGCCGUGUAUAGUUUUUUCCUGGCGUGUCUGAUCGGUCGUCAAUUCCUGGACCCGAGUCAAGCUUACUCAGGUCAUGACCUGGACCUCUACGUGCCCAUCUUUACCCUGCUCCAGUUCUUCUUCUAUGCAGGCUGGCUCAAGGUUGCAGAGCAGUUGAUCAACCCAUUUGGAGAAGAUGACGAUGACUUUGAGACAAACUGGCUCAUAGACAGAAAUUUCCAGGUGUCUAUGAUGGCCGUGGAUGAGAUGUACGGAGAUCUGCCGAUGAUGGAGAGAGACCGCUACUGGAAUGAUUCCAACCCUCGGCCGCCGUACACGGCCGCCACUCUCUUUGUCCUCCGCAAACCUUCCUUCCAGGGGUCAACGUUCGACAUGGCGAUCCCUAAAGAGGAGAUGCACUUCCAUCCUCUGGAGGAAAUUGCUGAGAACAUGGAGGAGUCGGGCAAUCGUCACCCCAACAUGGCUCUUUUUAACCGCCUCCUUAACGCGGCGCCAUCUCCCACCAGCCUCAUGGGAGGAGCUCUCCGCCGCACUUCGGCCCAGCUCCAGAGGCUACACCACUUCCCCAGCAUUGACCAAUGCACCAGCGAUGAUGAUGAUGACGAUGAAAGCUGUAAGAUAGGCAAAGGGGGUUCUCUGCCAUCAGGGCUGGGCCAGGACACUCAGAGCACCGUUUGCAGUUUCAGGGAGGAGAAGAGCUCCAAAACACCUCUGGUGGAGAUUCAUUUUGGAGCAGAGCAGGAGAGGAGCGGGGGGCGUCUCGCUGGCAACGACAAAAAACAGGAGGGGAUGAGUGAUGGAGAGUGUUGGAUGACGGAGGAAGGAGGGGAAGCAGAAUGCACAUGGUUAGAGACCAAAGCUCCAGUGUCAGUGUCACUCCUUCCUCCUCCACCCAUGUCCUCCUCAAAGGUGUCCAGUCGACCAGGCUCCUCGACUCCCAUCACCUCCCGUAAAACCUCUGGCUUCCUGUUUCACCCAGCUGUCCACUCCAGUCUGGAGCACUGCAGCUCUCAGCCCGCUAUCAACCACAGCAGAGCCACGCCCAUCGUUCCCAAACCUCCACUGGGUGGAAACAAAAUGUCCUUCCUCGCGGUGCCGACUUAUGACGAACCUCAGCGUUUUCGGAGCGUGAGCAUGGGGUCGGAACUCACCGGAUCUUAG